AUGGCGGCCACAAUUCCUGUUUUUACGAUCUAUGUUGCCAUGAUUUUAUGUCAAAUCCCUGACACUGGGAAUUUCCAAGGACAAACUGACGCUCAGCGUAUGGCAGAAGAGCUCUUUGACAACGAUUUUGGCACUGCCAUGACCAAGUCAAUCAAGCAGGUCAACAUGGACCUUGCAACGCUUGCAUCCUUGACCGCUGUGCAAGGACUAAUUAUGUCAAGACCAAGGGCUCAAGACCGAAUCAGAGCAUUUGUACAGUGGGUUCGCGAUGAAAUUCGGAUGGGCAGAAACCCUGCACAACACCCUUUCCCAGCUGGAGAUACAUCUACUCUGCUGCAGCGAUUGAACUUCCAACAAAAACAACAAUGGAAGCAAUGGGUCAAGCUGCUCUGUGACCACCUCCGCGCAUAUAUUGGUGUCAAUGGCAUCCCUCUCUUUUAUGUGGUCCGCGAGAGUGCAGCUCAAGACCCAACACCACAAGACGAUUUUCUUGACAAAUACAUCAACAUGGCUUUACUUGUUGGAACCGCCUUUAUUGUGGAUAAGAAACAGGUGUUGCCUCUACUGAACAAAUUUAUCAUGGGUUGUUCUGAAGCUGAAAUGGUAAUACAGGCGCUCAAUACUACUACUGAUGGUAGAGCUGCUUUCUUCGCAUUGAAGGCAUUUGAUGAAGGUGAAGGCAUUUUUGCUCAUGAUGUCAUGGCAGCUGAAAACAUCAUUGAACAAAUAUUAAAUAAUGCCUAUGCAACCAUGCAUCACGAAUAUGGACGUGUAAUGUAUACUGACGUUAUGAAGCUACGAUCCCUCCAACAAAGAAUCAAAGCUGACUUCUUGUCACAGACAAAAGCGGCAAUUGAAGCUAACAUGCAUGCUAUUCCCACAACUAUGUCAUAUGAUCAAGCCAUGCAAAUGUACCAUUCCAAGGUGUCAGAAAAAUUCCCUCCAGCUUCCGUAGCUGCCGUUGCUUGGGGGCGACACGUCAGAGAGAACAAUUGA